GUACGACGCAGCCACCAACGAGCUCAUUAACGAGGAGCUGGGCAUCGCCUACCCCAUCAUCGACGGCAUCCCCAACAUGAUCCCGGAGGCGGCCAGGAGCACUCAGAAGAAGCCCCCGGCUGAGGGCUCGCAGCAGCCCUGA